ACUUACUAAGUAGUUCUUUACCUUUACUUCUUGAGUGUGACACUGUUUGGUUGUUUGUUCCGUUGAUGGGUAAGUGACGGUUUUCAAAUUGUCAUUUGCUGUGCUUCAAAAAUCUUUCCCUCGCUUCCCACUUCUUCGCCAUGUUCCGCUUCCCCUCCGUCCUCCUCCACCGCCGCAAACUUUCCUCCGCCGCCUCGCACUCCCUCACCCUCCCGCUCUCCCACCCUAUCUACCUCAUCUGGGGCUCCAACACCGGCGUCGGCAAAACCCUAGUCUCCGCAGGCAUCGCCGCCGCCUCGCUCCUCUCCUCCCCCUCCCAGUUCCACUACCUCAAGCCCCUCCAAACUGGCUUCCCCUCCGACUCCGACUCCCGCUUCGUCCUCACCAAGCUCCGCCAGCUCUCCCUCCGCCGCAACCCUCGCGUUCCCCUCUCCGCUUCGCACCGCGUCCUCAACGUCUCCCCCGCCGUGCCGGAGCUAAAUCCGCUCGCCGCCGCCGAGGAAGGAGCCGGAUCGUCGGAGCUUCUCUGCAAGACGCUGUACGCGUGGGAAGAGGCCGUGUCGCCGCAUUUGGCCGCCGAGAGGGAGGGUUUGGCCGUGAAGGACUCGGUGGUGCUGAAAACUCUGGGUGGGUGUUUUGAAGAAGUGGCGGCACGCGGGGCUGGUAAGGAGAGAUCGGAGGUUCUGUGCGUGGUGGAGACUGCUGGUGGUGUUGCGAGUCCUGGACCUUCUGGGACGCUUCAAUGUGACUUGUAUAGGCCAUUCCGUAUUCCUGCUCUUCUUGUUGGAGAUGGGCGGCUGGGAGGUAUUUCUGGAACAAUAUCAGCUUAUGAGAGCUUGAAGUUUCGAGGUUAUGAUGUUGUUGCUAUUGUUUUUGAAGAUCACGGUCUUCUAAAUGAGGGUCCACUGAUGUCUUAUAUGCGAAACAAGGUCCCUGUUUUAGUGCUACCAUCUAUUCCAAAAGAUCCAUCAAAUGACCUAUUGGAAUGGUUUGAAAGUUCUCAUUGUAUAUUUAGUAAUCUAAAGGAAAUACUGCUAUCUGCUUAUUUUGAGAGAAUUAAAAAAUUGCAUGACAUGCCAAGAGAGGCAAGGGAUAUCAUCUGGUGGCCUUUCACUCAACACAAACUUGUUCCUGAUGGAGGAGUCACAGUAAUUGAUUCGCGCUGUGGUGAGAACUUUUCUGUCUUCAAGGUUCAGAAGACAGAAGUCAUAGCACCAUUAUUUGAUGCUUGUGCUAGUUGGUGGACUCAAGGACCUGAUGCUACAAUGCAGACUGAGCUUGCUAGGGAGAUGGGAUAUGCUGCUGCAAGAUUUGGGCAUGUAAUGUUCCCUGAGAAUGUUCAUGAGCCAGCCUUAAAUUGUGCUGAGCUUUUGCUUCAAGGUGUGGGAAAAGGCUGGGCUUCUCGAGCAUAUUUUUCAGACAAUGGAUCUACAGCAAUUGAAAUUGCUCUCAAGAUGGCAUUUCGUAAAUUUUCUGUUGAUCAUGGACUUAUUGUGGAUUGUCAUGAGGAUGCCCCAAAUGAAAGAUCCACUGAGCUUAUGGUUCUGGCUCUUCAGAGAUCUUAUCAUGGUGACACAUUGGGUGCUAUGGAAGCACAGGCACCAUCUUCUUAUACAGGCUUCCUGCAGCAACCAUGGUACACUGGGAGAGGUCUUUUUCUGGAUCCUCCCUCUGUGUUUAUGCACAACAAGACAUGGAAUAUUUCUAUACCUGAAGGGUAUUGUUGGGAAAGUCUGAAAGGUGAAAGUAUCACUUUUGCCUCGCGUGAUGGAAUAUUUCACAAGAGCAGGGAUAAGUCUGAGCUUGCUACAGUUUAUUCAUCAUACAUAUCAAAGGUAUUAUCUGGAUUUAGAGGGACAAGUAGGGUCGGAGCAUUGAUCAUGGAACCAGUUAUACAAGGUGCCGGUGGAAUGCAUAUGAUUGAUCCACUUUUUCAGCAUGUGCUUGUUCGUGAGUGUCGGAGUAGAAAAAUUCCAGUAAUAUUUGAUGAGGUUUUUACUGGUUUUUGGCGUUUGGGAGUAGAGACUACAGCGGAGCUAAUCCAUUGUGUUCCAGAUAUAGCUUGCUUUGGGAAGCUGAUGACUGGUGGAAUUAUACCACUGUCUGUCACCUUAGCAACAAAAGCUGUCUUUGAUUCAUUUAUGGGAGACUCAAAGCUCAAGGCUCUUUUGCAUGGACAUUCUUACUCUGCACAUGCUAUGGGCUGCGCUGCUGCUGUUAAAUCAAUCCAAUGGUUUAAAGACCCUUGCUCCAACCCUAACAUCACUUCUGAUGGAAGAUUACUUAGGGAGUUAUGGGAUGAUACACUGGUUCACCGGAUUUCAUCACACCCCACAGUUCAAAGAGUGGUUGCAUUGGGAACUUUGUUUGCCUUGGAAUUAAAAGCCGAAGGCGAUAAUGCCGGGUAUGGAUCAUUGUAUGCAAGGCCACUUCUUCAGAAGCUUAGAGAAGAUGGCGUAUACAUGAGGCCUCUCGGUAACGUCAUUUAUCUCUUGUGUGGACCCUGCACAUCCCCAGAAAUUUGCAAUGAAUUACUUGUCAAACUUUAUAGGCGGCUUGAAGAAUUUAACAGAUGUAGGAAUUGAGAAUCCCGUGGAUUACCAAGUGGACAAGUCUAUCAUUCCUGCUAUUGAUUUUUGGUAAAAAAAAAACAAAAAAAAAUUUGGGUUUGGGGAUGAGGAUAUUGUAAACUAAAGGUUGCAACUGCCUUGAUUGUUUCAAUUUUCAGUUGAUGUAUUUUAUUUAUAAUUACAAAAAUAUAUUAUUCUCAAUUUUCCCAUUAUUGUAAAGAUGUCAUGAAUAAAAUGGUUAAACUCAAAUUUUAUUU